AUGGCGGCUAGUUAUGGAUUGCAUGCAAUGACCAAGUUUGACCCGGAAGAUCACCAAGGGAAUGUUUAUGAAGCAUUUUGUGACUUUAUUGAUUCCUUUCAUUAUGAAUAUGAUGCAAUAGCCAAAGAGCCACCGAAGGAAGGUAGUAACACAGAGAAAGCAGCAUGGGUAGAGCAAGAUAAACGGAAAAUUUUUUUAGGAAGGUUUGCCUCAAGAAACCUUCAAAGGGAUUUUGAGGAAGUUGUUCCUGAAAAGGAUAGGGGUAAAAUCACUUUUAUGGAGAUGACAGCAGCAUUAAAGGGAAGAUAUGAUAUCAGUAGGAACAAAACACUUGCCAAUUUUGAGUUUCACAAGUUGUUUCAGAAGGAAAGUGAAAGUUUUGAUUCUUUUACAGUAAGAGUAAAGCACGAAGCCAAAACAUGUGAAUUUUCUUGCACCAGUGAAACUUGUACAGUCAAGAAUAUCCUCACCAGAGACCAAAUCAUCAUUGGAACAUCGAAUAAUGAAAUUCGCAAAAAUGCCCUAAAGAACCAGUGGGACCUUGAUAAUCUGAUUAAAGGUGGGAGACAACUGGAGGCAGCAGCAAGAGGGGCACAGAGAAUCCAUGAAAAUAGUGAAGCACCUGUCUCCAGAAUAAAGAGACCAGGAAAAUACUCCAGAAAAGGGUCAAAAUCAAAAUAUGAAGGAAAAUUGCGAGAGAAAUAUUCCAACUGCCCAAAUUGUUCAUCGAGAGUAUGUAAAGGAGGAAAGCAGUGCCCAGCAGCAAAUCGUGAGUGCUUUGACUGUGGUAAAACAGGACAUUUUAAAGGCUCGGCAAUAUGUAAAAAGAAGAGAGAGAAGAUUAAACCUCGCACUCGGCGGGUAGAGAGCAGUAGCAGUAAGGAUGAAAGCUCUGAUACUGAAACAUGCACAUCUGAAAGUGACUCAAGUUCUAGCCAGAAUAUUAACCGUGUACGGUUCAUGAAGAAUGUUACAAAAAUACGACACAUGCGUAUUCGCCAGCAGAUGCGCAAAACAUCAGAAAAAUCACGCUAUCAAGUUGAGGUGAUAAUUAAAGAGCGAAGAGUAAGUGCAUUUGCUGACACAGGGGCGGAUAUUUGCGUAAUGUCUAGGAAACAAGCUCAAGCUUUGGCUUUGCCCCUUGGAAAAACGAAGAUGAAAAUACGCCCAUAUGGAUCAAAAUCAGUAAAAUGUUGUGGUUACUAUAUAGGCACAAUCAUGCAUGGAGAAUCAGUUGCCAAUGCAUGCAUAUACGUGGUCAAACAGGAUCUUGAAACUUUGCUCAGUGGAAGAGUUUCAGAAGAGCUAGGAAUCAUAACAUUUAACCCAACUCCAGAUAACCAACAACCAAGUAUUCGGCGCAACACAGAAAUCAGAGAUGACGUUAAAGCAAGCAUUAUUUCGCAAUAUCCAGAGGUAUUUACAGGUAUUGGUACAUUAAAAGACCAUUUUGUGAAGUUUCACAUAAAUGAAAAUAUUCCCCCAGUAGCUGCACCGGCCAGACCUGUUCCAUUUCAUUUACGGAAGAGAUUUGAGAAAGAGAUACAGACCAUGGAAGAGAACAAUAUAAUAGAAGAACAUAUAGGACCAGCACCAUGGAUUUCAAAUGUAGUGCUCGCCCCAAAAGAUGAUGGUAGUAUUCGGGUCACUGUUGACAUGCGUCAAGCAAACCGGGCAAUUGAAUCAACAAACAUUCCAAUUCCCAGAGUAGAGGACAUUAAAACACAACUUGCAAGGUGUCAACAUUUUUCUAAACUUGAUUUUAAGUCUGCAUUCCAUCAACUGGAGCUUGAUGAAGAGUCUAAGAAGAUCACAGUGUUUCAUGCAGGUGACCGACUGAUGCGGUAUCGAAAACUUACUAUGGGCACGAAACCAGCCUCUGGCGAGUUGACAAAGGCGCUUCUUCCGCUAUUUCAGCCCAUUCAAGAAGCACAUGUUAUCCAUGAUGACCUCAUCAUAGCAGCCAAAACAAAGAAACAACAUGAUCAUGCAUUAAAUCGCGUCCUUCAAGUAAUUGCAAAAUCAGGAAUGACUUUGAAUCCUGAUAAAUGCAUGUUUGAUAAGGAGGAAAUUCCAUUCUGGGGACUACGUGUCUGCAAAGAUGGUAUUAAACCGGACCCAGAAAAGGUCAAGGCAUUGCAACAUGCCUCACGCCCACGUUCAAAGGAUGAACUACAAUCUUUCCUCUGUAUGAUCCAGUCAAAUAAAGACUUCAUACCAGACUUAGCAAGCAAAACAAUGAACCUACGGAUGCGAACAAAGAAACACAGUCGCUUCACUUGGGAUAAGGAGUGCCAAAGAGAAUUUGACAGGUUGAAAGUUGCAUUCAGAGAAGACACUCUUCUCCGCCAUUUCAAUCCUGAAGAGGAUACAUUUAUUUUUGUGGAUGCGCAUCUUUCAGGACUAUCUGCAAUUCUGAUGCAAGGAGAGACAAGUGAUAGUGCAAAGCCAGUAGCAUUUGCCAGCCGUGCCACAACCCCAGUAGAGCAGAGAUACCCACAGCUAGACUUAGAAGCACUAGCCAUUGACUUUGGAUUGCGUCGGUUUCGCUACUUUAUUGCAGGAGGUCCUGAGAUCAAAGUCGUUACAGAUCAUAAGCCCCUGGUAAGCAUUUUUUCUAAUGCUAGAAAAGGGUCGGUCAGAACAGACCGGAUAAAGCUGCGUCAUCAAGACAUGAAAUAUAGAGUAAUCUGGAAGGAAGGGAAAGUUAACCCAGCUGAUUACCUUUCCCGACAUGCAACACCAAUUAGUAGCAUCAGCAGAGAUCAACAAAAAGAAACCAGUGAACUAGAAAAAACGGUCUGGCUUCUUCAAUAUGCUCCAUACACCGAGUCCAUUUCUAUGAGUCGAAUCAUCGAUGAGACAGAUAAAGACAAAACACUUCAUGAGUUGAAGAAAUACAUUAGAAAGGGAUAUGUACCAAAGACAAAGGGUAAUCUCGCUCCAUUCAAAAAGAUCUUUGCGGAACUUACCAUCUCAGAUGAGGAACUGAUAAUGAAAGGAGAACGCAUUAUUCUUCCUGAGAGUUUGUGGGACAUUGCCCUUGUAAAAGCCCACCAGGGAGGUCACCCUGGAAUGAACAGCCUUAAACGCCGCCUACGCAGUCAUUUCUGGUUCCCAAAAAUGAACCAAAAAGUGGAAGAGAAAGUGGCAUCCUGUAAAGAGUGUCAACUAUUUACAAACAAGACAAUGCACGAACCCAUUCAAUCUCACAGAACGCCGGAACAUGCAUGGCAAGAUGUAAGCAUUGAUCUGUUUGGUCCUAUGCCCGACAGUAAGCAUGUGUUGGUAGUUCUGGAUAAAAUGAGUCGAUCUCCUGCAGCAAAGCUUGUCCCAAACACCGCAGCUAAGCCUGUCAUUAAAGCAUUGGAUGACAUUUAUACAGAUUUCGGUUAUCCUGAAAUGCAUCGCACAGACAAUGGACCACCAUUUGAUUCAAAAGCAUUUGCUGAAUUUUCCCAAGGCAGCGGUAUUGAUCAUGUUAAAACCUUCCCGUAUCACCCACAAGCAAACCCUGCAGAAACAUUUAUGCGUCCUCUCGGAAAAGCGUUAAAGGCGGCCCAUUUCAAUAAAAAGGAUAAACAUACAGCUAUUAAGGAAGUCCUAGCAACAUAUCGGGCGACGCCUCAUCCUGCAACGGGAGUACCACCGGGAGAUCUCUUGCUUCGUAGUGGGUAUCGAAAAGAUUUUCCGCGACGGCAACUGACUGAGCAACAGAUACGCGAGGCUCAGAUGCAAGACAGAGCACAACGUAUGUCUCGAGAGGACCAAAUGAACAGGUCGACCCAUAGAAAGAAGUCCAUCUACACUCCAGGGGAUCUUGUGUACAUACGGAACAUGCAGCGGUGCAAGUUUGAUCCCAUCUUUGGGCCAGAGCUGUAUAAAGUCCUGUGCACAGAAGGUAGCGGCCUGUUACUAGAAAGUUUGGCUGAUAAUAAAAGUUUCAGAAGGCACUGUGAUGACGUAAAGCCUGCAGUUAGCCAAGGAAAAAUCGAGGACCUUACUAUUUGGAUAGAGAACCAAGCCCAUCAAACAGAAAACGCGAACAACCAAGAUCCGGUUCCAGACAUGACAGAAGAGCCAGUAAUUGCCCCAGCUGGCGUUACAGCGCAACAUCCAAAUGAGGACAGGGCUACAAGACCUCGGAGGGAAACUCGUUUACCUGCUAGGUUCAAAGACUACGUCCGUUACUAA